AAAGUAAUCAUCCUGCUCGCAGAGCGAAGACCCUUGCACUCUCAUCGCGCCUCUUUUAGGUCGCAGCAGCCCGGAGCACACAAGCCAUGGCCGGAGCAUCGACGAAGCGCGGCGGCGUGCCGGCGCUGGGGUGGUGGCUCAUCGCCGUCGGCGCCUUCCGCUCCGCCUACGUCUGGUCCUGCUUCUUCGGCUCCGCGGCGAUGUGCUCGGCCACCUUCUCCGAAAUACCGAUGACCGGCGAACACGGGCGAACGGUCGCGGUGUGGACGCUGCUGUCGUGCACGCUGUGCUUCCUGUGCGCCUUCAACCUCGGCAGCAAGCCGCUGUACGCGGCAACCUUCCUGUCCUUCCUCUACGCCCUCGGCUACCUAACCGUCGAGUGCCUGGUGUACCACACCAUCCGUGCAGCUAGGCUCUCCCUGUUCAUCUUCGUCGCAGGGACAUCCAUGGUUUGGAUGCUUCUUCAACGGAACUCCAAUGGCCAUGGACCCCGUCCCCGUGAGGCUACCAAGCAGCACUGAUCGUGGUUCUUUUUCUGUCAAAAGAAUGGGAAUCUCCUGUGCUGGUUAAUAUAAUCAUGUAAUGUUUAAAGGGUUUAAGGGACUUUUCAGGGUCUCACACUUGAGUUCCAUUAUGCUUCAAUGCAUGCAUGCAACAUGGAAUUCUGUAAUAUUUUUCUUGUAAUUCCUGUUUCUUUGUCAGUUUGUCACGGCAGCUUUAUACUAGCAAGGGAAUAAUGCUUCCUCUGUAACACACCUUUUGUCAUUGUGAUGCCACGCGUGAACUCUAAUAAGAUUACACCUC